AUGAUGGGUAAUCAGCCGGAGCUGUACGUGGAAGACGCCGACGUUCCUAUCUCUUGCAACGGCAGCGCAUCCACGCAGCUGGACAACGUCUCUGCUGUGGCCGUCGCAGGAGCCUACGGUGCGCCGUACAAAGGCGACUCUGACCCGAGGCCCCAGUUUCGGCCCCUGCUCUGCGUCUUCGAGACGGAGUUCUUCCAUCCGAAGAGACCCUACACUCCGCUCCAGAUUCCGACGCCCUUGUGUACGACCGUCGUGUUCUACAGCAUGUCCCUGUAUCGGUUCAGCGGGGCUGUCGACGGCGGCUUUCGAAGACCGCUCGACGCCGAGCUCUUCGAGAACAUAUCGGCCUCGAGACUGGAAGGGACACUGCUGCACAGGGGCAGGCGAAUUCCCUUGUACGUCACCUUCGGUGGUCGCCGCAGCGACAGCGCCGACUAUGUGCGAAUGCUCCGGGACUCGACGUGGCGGAAGGCCUCGGUCGAAGGGAUCGUGAACGACACCGGCUCGGAAAGGCCCAAGUAUGACGGCGUCAACUUGGACUGGAACCACCCGGGAGACCAGUGCGACGUUCUCGAGCAGCCUCAGCUCUUUCACGUGCUCGUCGAGAGCCUCGUUGCGAAUCGGGUGAAAGUGAUGCUCACGGUACCUCCGCUGCCGCGGUACGUCGCCCUCUACGACCUCGAUCCGCUGCUGGAUGGCCUGGAGCACGUGGUCCUGACGACACACAAGCUCCGGCCCCGGAGGUCGUCGGUGGACUGCAGCGGCGGCAGGCUGUACGCUGCUCCCGCGUUCCGCGAGAUACGCGACUCGUACAGCGCCGCGUACCGCAAGAAGUUCGCCUACAGCGUGUCGGCAGGGGGCGACACCUUCGUCACGCGAACCGUGGCGCUCGGUGCGGCUGCGCAAGCUGUACCUCCCCCCACUUCUGGUCUCGUUCUGCGACCCAACAAGACGAGCUUCGAGAGCGUGUGCAACGUCAAGCCGCUGAUCUCGAACCCCACCGAGAAGGAGUGCGUCGUGGCGAUCAUGCAGAUCGAGAAGUCGCUGGACGGCGGCGUAGUUUACUACGUUGCCGCCUACGCUGGUCCGAAGCAGCUGCAGGAACGAAUGCACCGCGCCUACGAGGACGACAUGGGGGACGCUCCCGUCGCGGUGUAUGACGCCUUCCUGGACGACUUCGCCGGUCUCUGUCCAGGAGACAGUCCCCGGAUGUCGCCGCAGCUGGCGGCGAUCGCCGAGAGCACGACCCGCCUGCUCCAAUGAGCUCCACCUCUUGAUGACAUGCAUAAUACCUUGCCGACACCUGAAUGGUUUCUUCAAUGGGGACCUUGGCUUCUCCGCGUCGUCGUUAUUCGUUGAUACCUUAUUCGUCCACUUGUGAUUCGUCCAUUCGUCAUUAAGGCGUGGUGGUGAGCGUUCAGCUCGUAGUAUAGUGUAU